AAUACUCUAUAAAAUCUCAGUCCUCCAUUUUGCAGUUCACAUGAACGUGUCAAAGAAGUGUUAUAUUCCCCUAAUAUAAGAACGUGUUAACUUCUCUGUGGAGAAAUUCUCCUUCCCUCCGUUUAAUCCACCGUUUGACACGUUCAUUUCUCAAAAAAUGUCAUCAACCUCUUUGCUAGUUGGUCCACCAGCCCUCCGCUAUGAACCACCGUCGACCGCCGUUGAAAUUCCCGUGUCCGGUGACGAUCCCAUAACCAAUUUAACUGAUAAAACCUCAAAUCUCGAUCUCUCGAAGCUUCCUCUGAGGGGUUUGACGGAAAACAAUUCAGCCACUUUCAUAUCAUCCGGCAACCCAUGUUUGGAUUUCUUCUUCCACGUGGUGCCUGACACGUCACCCGAUGAUCUGAUCGGACGGCUGGAAUUAGCUUGGGCUCACAAUCCUUUAACGGCUCUGAAACUGAUUUGCAAUCUCAGGGGCGUUAGAGGCACCGGUAAGUCUGAUAAAGAAGGGUUUUAUACGGCAGCGUUUUGGUUACACUAUACUCACCCUAGAACCCUUGCUUGUAAUGUUCACGCCUUUGCUGAUUUUGGGUACUUUAAGGAUUUUCUAGAAAUUUUGUAUAGAAUUCUAGAAGGACCAUUUGUGAGGCAAAAAGAGAAAGAGGAAAGAGAACAAUGGCGAGGUCGUGGCCGUGGUCGGGGUAGAUUUAAGAGGGUUAAUAGGCCUAGUGAAGGAAAUGAGGAGAAGAAGGAGAAAAUUAAGAAAAAUUUGGAGGAAAUAAAGGAAGAAAUGAAGGCAGAACAAGAGAAAGCAAGAUGUUUGAGGAAGGAAAAAGAGAGAGCUAAGGCGAAAAAGGCGUUAGAAAAAUACUAUUCUGAUGGGAAUUAUAGGCUUUUACAUGAUAAGAUUUCGGAUUUUUUUGCUGAGCUUUUGGGGGCUGAUAUUGAGAAAUUGAAUUCGGGAAAAGUUAAUGAGAUUAGUUUGGCUGCGAAAUGGUGUCCGACCGUUGAUUCGUCGUAUGAUAAGGCGACUCUGAUGUGUGAGAGCAUUGCGAAAAAGAUGUUUCCUAGGGAGAAUUAUAGUGAGUACAAUGGGGUUGAGGAGGGUCAUUAUGCUUAUAGGGUAAGAGAUAGAUUGAGAAAAGAUGUGCUCGUGCCUUUACACAAGGCGUUAGAGUUGCCGGAGGUGUACAUGAGUGCUAAGAAGUGGAAUUCAUUGCCAUACAAUAGGGUGGCGUCUGUGGCGAUGAAGAACUACAAGGAACUCUUUUUGAAGCAUGACAAGGAGAGGUUUGACAAGUAUCUUGAGGACGUGAAGUCAGGGAAGGCAAAAAUUGCAGCCGGAGCGUUGCUUCCACAUGAGAUUAUUGGGGCAUUGAGCGACGGAGAUGGUGGGGAAGUAGCUGAACUUCAGUGGAAAAGAAUGGUUGAUGAUCUUUGUAAGAAAGGAAAAUUAAGUAAUUGUAUCGCGGUAUGUGAUGUUUCUGGGAGUAUGAGUGGGAUACCGAUGGAGGUUUCUGUGGCACUUGGUGUGUUGGUUUCAGAAGUGAGUGAGGAACCGUGGAAGGGAAAAUUGAUCACGUUUAGCGCUGAUCCUGAAAUGCAGAAAGUUGAAGGUGAUACUUUAAAAGAGAAGACUGAAUUUGUCAGGUGUAUGGAUUGGGGUAUGAACACAAACUUCCAGAAAGUGUUUGAUAGAAUUUUGGAAGUGGCAGUAGAAGGAAAACUAAGUGAGGAUCAAAUGAUAAAGAGGUUGUUUGUGUUCAGUGAUAUGGAAUUUGAUCAGGCAUCUGAAAAUGCAUGGGAGACGGAUUAUCAAGCAAUACAACGGAAAUUUGUAGAGAAGGGAUACAAAAAUGUGCCAGAAAUUGUGUUUUGGAACCUUCGAGAUUCAAGGUCGACUCCAGUUUUGGAGAAGCAGAGUGGUGUAGCUCUUGUGAGUGGGUUUUCUAAGAAUCUGUUGACCAUGUUCUUGGAGGCUGGUGGAAUCGUUAAUCCCGUGGACGUUAUGGAGCUUGCUAUUUCUGGUGAUGAGUACAAGAAGCUUGUAGUUUAUGACUAAUUAAUGUGUGGUUGCUCUAUGUGUUUUGGUUUUAGUUUUUAAACUAUAUUUUCCAAUUUUGUUACACCGUCUCUCUUAGAUGAAAGAAUUAUGUGUUACUUACAGUCAACUGGUGACAUUAAGCUUUGCUUUUAUGGAUAUGGAGAAUACUUGGAUAAUCUUGUGUUUUC